UGCUCAGAAUGUACCUGCACUUCCUGUUGUCAAUGGUUGGGGAGCUGUUGUAGUUGGUGGCAAGUGGUUUGUUGAAGAUUCCCAAACCCUGCCUUCUUGUGCAAUGUAGUAGAGAGCUCAGAUGCAUUGGCAACUGUGGCAGAGAACAAAGCUUCGGGGAGGUGGGGUGGAGCAGAUUAUUGCAGAGCCCCCUCAUUCUGCAGGGGAAUUCACUUACCUAACUAAGACCCAGCCUCGAAUAGAAGUCAGUCAUUAUUUGAUUCAGUGGGAGAUAAAAGGUGCCAGGCGACGGAAUAUCCAGUGAAAUGACAGACUGCAGCGUCAGUAGAAGGAGCGGUCCGUCAACAGAGUCCGGCUUUUGAUUAAUCCCCAGCCCUGACCGUUCCUUGCCAAGGUACCAGUCACUCGGAGACUGCGUAUGUAAGAGCAGAACAAGAGAUAUGGGGAUUGUCCAUCUAUUAUGUGUCGUCACUGGCUGAGGCUCAACUAAGGACUGCUUGACAAGCAGCGGCAGAAUGUACAAGAGGAAUGGCCUGAUGGCCAAUCUGAAGGUCACACCUGAGGCCAGCAGCAGUUCGGACUCUCUCGAUGGGCAAUAUUCAGAUUAUGCUAUGAAAAGUUAUGACGCAGUUGUAUUUGACGUAUUGAAAGUUACUCCAGAGGAAUUUGCUAGCCAGAUCACUUUAAUGGACGUUCCAGUAUUUAAAGCAAUCCAGCCUGAGGAACUAAGUAGCUGCGGAUGGAACAAGAAAGACAAGCAUAUCCUGGCACCAAACAUCGUUGCAUUCACCAGAAGGUUCAAUCAGGUCAGUUUCUGGAUUUGUCGAGAGAUCCUGACUGCUCAGACGUUGAAAAUAAGAGCGGAAAUACUGAGCCACUUUAUAAAACUCGCCAAGAAACUGCUGGAGUUGAACAACCUCCAUUCCCUCAUGGCUGUGGUCUCUGGCCUGCAAAGUGCGCCUAUCUUCAGGCUUUCCAAGACCUGGGCUCUGGUCAGUCGGAAAGACAAAGCCACCUUUGAGAAGUUGGAUUAUCUGGUGACGAAAGAAGACAACUACAAGAGAAUGCGGGAGUUCAUCAGCAGCUUGAGAAUGGUCCCCUGCAUCCCCUAUUUGGGAAUUUACUUGUUGAACUUGAUCUACAUCGACUCGGCCUACCCAGCGUCGGAUAGCAUCAUGGAGAACGAGCAACGGUCCAAUCAGAUGAACAACAUUCUGAGGAUCAUUUCGGAUUUACAAGUUUCAUUCAAUUGUGACUAUCUGGUGACAUUGCCCCAUGUGCAAAACUACUUGAAAUCUGUGCGGUACAUCGAGGAGCUGCAGAAGUUUGUGGAAGAUGACAACUAUAAGUUAUCCUUGAAGAUAGAAGCGGGGAACAGUUCCCCUCGUUUGGUCUCGUCCAGAGAGGAGCUCGCAGGUCCCUCGGAGGUUUCGGCGUCGGUGAGGUACAGCCGGAGACCAACGUGUCCGGACACGGCGGUCACAGGGAGCCCCGGCACUCCCCCCGUGCCCAGACACCGCAAGAGCCACAGCCUGGGAAACAAUGUGAUGUGCCAGCUGAGCGUGGUGGAGAGCAGGAGUGCCACCUUCCCCACCGAGCGACCUCGCCACCUCCUGGACGACAGCGUUCUGGAAAGCCACAGUCCCGCCAAGAACCAGGAGGCCCCCAUUUUCGCCAACGGAGUGUCCAUCGGGAGCAGUGAAAGUUCCGAGUUCAGUGAAGAGCACUCUUCAGGAUUAGAGAGGAAUCGGCUGUAUGCAACGCUGGGCCCAAAUUGGCGGGUCUCAGCGAGGAACUCUCCACGGGAUCGCGGCAGUGCUCACAGUCCUACAGACACCUGCAGUUACCACUUGAGUGGCACAAACGGGACCAUCACCAUCGAAGGGCUGCUGCGGAGAAAAACCUUGCUGAAGGAGGGCAAGAAGCCAGCAUUGUCGUCGUGGACUCGCUACUGGCUCAUUCUCUCUGGAUCACUCCUUCUGUAUUACAGCGCGAAGUCCCUCAGAGCCACCGAGAGGAAGCACUUCAAGUCGUCGCCCAGCAAGAAGGUGUCGGUAGCGGGUUGGAUGGUGGUUCUCCCCGAUGACCCCGAACACCCAGAUAUCUUCCAGCUGAGUGACCCGGAUAAAGGAAAUGUUUACAAGUUCCAGACCAGCUCCCGGUUUCAUGCUAUACUGUGGCACAAGCACUUGGAUGAUGCUUGCAAGAGCAACAGGCCACUGUUACCCACCAACCUUAUGUCGUUUGAGUGAACAUUUGGAGCCCGCACACAAGACGCGAUCAAAGUGCCAACCCAAGCAAUGGGAAACCAAACUAUUAAGUGGAUUAAAAACGAGGGAAAGUGAAGAAACAAAAAAAAACUUACAAGGAAUAAUUUGUCCGACUGCCAGCGUUGAAAACAGAAGCACUUUUUUUUUUGACACUCUUACUACCUGACCCCCCAGAAUGAUUUUGGUAGGUUUUGAAAAAAAGGAUGUGAUCGACUGCUCCCGAUUACUAGUGUUGGCCGUGGAGGUUGGGCAGAGCUUUGUGAAGAGGACAGUGUGACCAAGGAACUGUGUGCGUGCGUGUGUGUGUAAUGACUGCUGCCGAAAACAUUUUUUUUUUAAAUGUUUGUUUUUUAUUCUUAAGCUGCUUUAUCGUGAACAAUUUUUUAGCCCAUGUUGGGUAUUAACUUUCUUAUGCACAAAUCAAGAUACUACUGACAGUAUUAACAGGCUGCGCUGAGUGGUGUUUAAGAGGAGAAAAGAAAAGUCAGUGAACGAGUGUUUUUAACAAAAAAAAAAGAAAUGCAUUGAAGGGGUUAGGCGCACUGUCUGCCUCUGCAUCGGUGACCAGUACACGAGUUGUUCCAGCAUUUCUUGCAUGGUGUACUCAUAGUGACUUUUGAGCAAACCCAACAGAUAUAGGCCCCCACUGCAUCCCAGCCCACAAUGUUGCUAUCAAAGGUAACCUGACCUUGCCUGCCAGUAUUCCAAAGAGGUUGGGUUGGUCCAGCUUAUUUUUUUCCCAGCAACACGUUGCAACUCAAAUCAUUCUCUCCGCUGGCGUAGACAACAUCCGCCAUUCUGCCUAAAUGCCAAUAUUUUCUGUUUUGUUCCAGAUUUCCAUGAUUGGAGACUCCUGUAUCCUUGUCUUCUGCCAUUCUACUGGCUUCCAGCACAUCUAAUAGUAUUUUCAAUUCCCCCAGUAUCCAUUUUGUGGAACCAGUUUGAAUGAUUUCCACAUAACGUGAACAGUGUAAUCGAGGAUAUACUUCAUUUGUUAUGUAUUAUUUAAAGACUGUAGAAAAUAGACAAGGAUACAAUUCAUAAAUUGAGUUCACAAUCCAUGCAAAUGAAACUUGAAUGGAUUUUCAUUAUUAUUUGAGAAGUAUUACAACUUGACCAUUGUUCCGUGCCCAUUGUGUUUAACUGCAUGUCAUCGUUUCCACUUAAAAUAUUCUAUUUAUGAAUUUUUUUUUUUUUCCUUCAAAUAGUAUGUCUGUAACAAUUUGGGCACGCCCCAAGGUGAUUUCAUCCAUUCACACUGAAUCUCUGGUCCUUCAGUAAACAGGUCAGGUUCCCUACGAUGACAAGAUGUGGGUGGUUUGCGGGCGUUCUGAUGGAGGUCAAAAGCAACUGCUCACGUUUUCCGCGCCAGAAUCACAAGCCUUCCCCACAGCCCUCCGCAAGCAUUGUAAAGUAACUUAGAAUUAAUUCGCGCGUAUAACUUAAAGCACCUGCCUACAGAUGAAGCUCUGCAAAGAAUGAUUUCUCGUGUCCCUUCCCCCUCCCCCCCCCCCAACUCUUCAACGGGGACUAGACCGAGAAUGACGAUAAGCAAGUGAUUUUGCAGCUGGAUCGAGAGGAAGAUCUUUAAGCUGUUCGUCUAUUCCUCCCUUUGUUUCAAAAGGUACCUGCAGCAGGCUGAUGUAGAUUUGAAAGGCCUUUUAGUUUGCUUGGCGUUAUUGUGAGUUGUGGGUGUAAAAAAUAUUAUUGGCCGUGUACCUCUGCACUAGUGUUCUCAGUUUUAGACUAUGUGCCAAGCCCUGGGUUCUAUGUAACCUGCCCCUGCAGAAAAUAAAAAUGUUUCCAUCUGCUCAGAAGUUCUAGGAGCAGAUGGUGGCUGAUCUAUCUUUCCCUCUCAACCCCAUUCUCCUGUCUUCGCUCCAUAACCCCUGACACCCUGUCACAAUGUACAGGGCUGAAUUCCUACAAACAAAUGAAUGGAAACACGUUAAAACCACUUUAAUGGCAAUGAAGCAUAUUACAUAGGAAGAAUAAUGGAGGAACAGGCCAUUUGUCCCAACCAAACCAUGCUGGUGUGUACACUGUGCUGCCUUCUGUCUGUUUAUCUAAAUCUAUCGGCAUAACUCUUUAUUCCUUCCUCGCUUGUGUUUGUCCAGCUUCUCCCUGAAUGCAUCAGUGCUGUUUGCUUCAAUGACUCCCUGUGGAAGCAGACCCCACUGUUGUUUGGGUGAAGGAGGCUCUUCUGAUUUUCACGUGGUGUAACGUUUCUUGGUGUUACGUCUUACACGAACAUCCUCUAGCUGUGGUCUUUCACUCAAGUGCAGAUCCCGAUCCAAACCUUGUUUUAUGUUGAACACAUCAGUUGGAUUACCCCUCAGCUUCCUUCAUUUCCACCCUGAGAUAGGUGAAAGAAAAUUCUUACAGGAUUAUGCUACAGCAAUCCGACAGUCAAUUCCAACAAGACACAUGCCAUGCACAUUUCCCUUGCAUGCGAUGUACUGCAAUAGAACCUGUUAAACUGCAACAUGUUAAAUUGGUUUUCAAGUGCAGGUUUGCUCUAUAACCAGAUAUGCUACAUCUUCCUUUGUGGGCAAUGAUGGGCUGACUGCAGAAGAUGUUUUGUCAGUCUGUGACGCUGUCAGCCACACAUUUUAAGAGGCAUGUUGAUGCUUGAAGGCUGUUCCAGGAAGCUAGCCCCAUGUCCCCACGGUGCCAUUCUCAACACGACUGCUUCAACCAAGAUUUCAUUGCUUCCCUUCCAUUUAUUCUGUGCGAUUCAAUGACCAACCCACGUGUAACUUUCUUUAUCCUCAAGGAUCAUCUGAUAUUUUAAUUCAAGAGUUUAUCCAACUUUCAUUCACUAAACGUCAGUGUAUGCCUCCGUUGCAAGUAAGGAUUCACUUGGCAUUCAGGCUUAUCAAGGACAUCGAGGUACAAAUGUGAAGUCUAAUUCCUAAAAUCUGGUGUGAAUCAUAUUUAUUUUAAUUAGUUGUUUCCCUAUACAGCUGACGUUUGACCCAAACCCGGUUCUGCCUUUGCCCUUGAGUCCAUACCUAUCUUGGUUUGUCCGUCACUAUCAAUUGAGAUGACUGUUUGGUUUGCUUGGGCAGUGUGGCCACCAACCGCCAAUGCUAAAUUAGAGCACAUUUGUUUGGCUAAGACUAAUGCAGAGUCGAUUGAUGUUGCCACUGUAAAGUGACCUGUACAUUUUCAUACAAUUCCAAGGGAAAAAUGUUGACUAAGGUCAUUCGCAUGCCGUCUGUGUUGAUGUGGGGUUUUUUUUAAAAAUAACUGCUCAUUUCUGUUCUAACCACUGAACUAGACUGCUCCAUGGAUGUUCUUCGCUAAAUUAUGUUACCUCAGGCUUGUAUCAAGUUGCUUUUAUGUCAGCUUGUUACAUUGAUGGCGCAGUCUCAUUCACUCAGUAAAUAAAUUGCUGUUAGAAACGU